AUGGGCAAGCUUAAAACCGUCGCUACCGCCACCACCGCCACCGCCACCAGUGCUUACCCACUCAUUAUCACCACCAUUCUCCUGGUGGCACUUCCAUGCCUAACAGCAGAGUCGACCCCCGUCGCCGCUGCACCUUCACCAGCAUCAGAGGAUUGCUUCAACUCUUUGAUCAACUUAUCUGACUGCUUAACUUUUGUGGAGGAAGGUAGCAAUCUAACUAAACCAGACAAAGGGUGCUGCCCAGAAUUCUCAAACUUGUUGAAUACUCGGCCAGUUUGCCUAUGCCAACUUCUUGGUGAUCCUAAUAAAAUUGGAAUUCCCAUUGAUACCAAGAAAGCCAUGAAACUCCCUUCUGCUUGUGGUGUCAACACUCCACCGGUUAGCUUGUGUUCAGUAAUUGGUGUUCACGUUGGAGCACCUGCACCAAGUGAAGGCCCUUCAUCGCUUGGUGGUACUCUCUCUUAUUCUUAA